GGUUAUUUACUCUCUGCGCGUGGACAGCUCCGAGAUGAUUUGGUUAUGUGCUACAUCUGUCUUUUGGAGCAUGAAAACCAGCAAAGCCGAAAAGGUGCGUGUCGAGCUUUGGGCAUACUUUCGGCUUCGAAAGCAUUGCAUCCUCUAACAUUUCUGAGCGGCAAUGAUCCAGCGGAGACCGUACGAGAGGAGGCGCGAGCAGUUCUGCUUAAAAUGCGAUAUAACGUUAACGAGUUGACCAGUUUCGAAACUACCAAAAUAUGA